AUGGCUGAUCAAUGUAUUGUUUGUCUAGACAAUCUAGACGCCCAAUCACCGCCGCCUUCGCAGCUGCAUAUAUCUGAGGACGCAGAAGAGUUAUUACAAAGCACCAUUACUUCGUCUGAACCCGCGCCCGCAGUUGCAGUUGCAGUUGCAGAUGCACCACCACAACUAUCGUCAAAAUCCCCACUUGUCGACGUCACAGCCGUUGUCAAUCAUGACGAGGAAGACCAAGACAGCAAAAUUGCUGUAAUUGAAGUUUGUGGUCAUGCUUUACAUGAUGCUUGCCUACGAGAAUGGAUUGGAAAGGCAAACAGCUGUCCCAUCUGCCGCCAAGCUUUCCACUUGGUGCACGUCUACGAUAAAAUUGGAGGUACCCAAUUGUCCUCUUACAAGGUAGAGGACAAGAAGCAAGUCGCCGAAUUCGAUCCUCAGGCAUGGCUAGACGACAAUCCCGAAGAUGAGGGGCAGUCUAGGCCUUGCCCCAUCUGCGACCGAGCAGAUCAUGAAGAUGUCCUCCUCCUCUGCGAUAGCUGCGAUGCACCAUAUCAUACAUACUGCAUUGGCCUUGACGAUGUCCCUCGAGGGCAUUGGUUCUGCCUAGAAUGCACCGAUACCGGUGCAGAGUUCCUCUCCACGGAGUUCUUCGGUGUCGACGCAUCAGAAAUUAGCUUUUCCAAUGGACAUUCUAGCUAUUUGCCGCGCACCCAAGCUACGAUGCGACGGGCUAGGCAGCAGGCUCGCUCAAAUGAUUGGCAAGGUGCCUGGGGUCAAAUUGCAGGUCGAAUCUGGGAUGCGUUAGACCUGGACCUAGAUAACCAUGACGACGACGAAGCUUUGCGAACCUACAGAAGAUCACAGCAGCGAAGGGAAAGGGAACGACGCGAAUAUCAAAGAUGGCAACAACGUCUUAAUAUCGCUGGUCGUUUUGGCGCCCGUGAUGUGUUCGCACAUAACCUCACAAGUGUUCUUCCGCAACGUGUCGCGCAACGACCAGCACCACCCCCUCCGCCUCAAGAAACUCCCGAGGAGAGACAUGCUUGGGGCGCGUUGGAGAGAGCGAUGGAGGCUACUAACCCCCACCACUCAACUCCAAAUCAAAGAAAGCGAAAGUCUCGUUCAGCCACUACAUCUCCGGCUGAGCCAUCUGAGCAACCGGAGCGCAAGCUCAAGCGGCCGCGAACUAGACGAGCGCCUACUAUAGGCGAAGCGUCAACAUCUACGGGGCGCCCUGCAGAAACUAGUCAACCUACAGAAGAUGCACUUAGUCCUACCCUCACCCCGACUCGGCCAAGCAAUGGUAAUGCUCCAUCGUUCCUCUCUUCGUUGCUGAAGGAGGUCGAAAUGAGCGCACCCUCCGACGACGAGAAUGUCCGUACAAUCUUCAACGUGCCUAGGUCUGGGGUGGAUCCUUCGUCGCCUGCUUCUUCCCCAUCUCCUUCAGCCCAUAGCAGUCCACGGGCUCUCUCUACUACGCCGCCGCCACGAGGAAUAAAUGAUCGUCCGGGCUCGCCUCUCUCCUUGAGCUCGCAUAUCGAGCCGGUCUAUCCACCUGCCAACUUCUUAGCAAUCCGAAGUAAUGGUGAUGGUAGCGAUUCCGAAUCGAGACCACGGCAGCACACAAAUCAUCAUCGGAAUAACGGAACGAGUAGUAACACUCCCGAGCUUCAGCAGCCGCGUCCUCGGCGUCAAAAUUCAGCAGCUAUCCAUAGUUAUCUAAAACGCCCUAACAAAGAGUCCUCGCCUACACGUCCGGUAUUGCCGUUCGAGAUGAAAGAGAGCAUAAGCGGUAUUGUUAAGGACGCGCUUAAACCCCACUGGAAAUCUGGACAUAUAACGGCAGAUCAAUACGCGUCUAUUAAUCGCGACCUGAGUCAUAAGCUGUAUAAGGAGGUUUCAGACGACUCUUUGAACAACGAUGCCCGCCAACGAUUUGAGAAGAUCGCCAUGACGGAAGUGGCAAGAGCGGUUGCGGAUCUCAAGGCAUAA